AUGCCGAGCGGCUCUUUGGCAACAUUGGGGAGAUAAUCCGGCUGCACCGUGAGCUGUGGCGCGGUGUCAUGGCCCCGGUGCUGGCCAAGGCGCGCCGGACUGGGGCCCUGCUCAACCCCAUCGACUUCCUUGACGGCUUCAAGAUGUUUGGCUCCCUCUUCAAACCCUACGUGCGGUACUGCAUGGAGGAGGAGGGCUGCAUGGAGUACAUGCGGGCACUGCUGCGGGACAGCGAGCUCUUCCGUGCCUACGUGACGUGGGCCGAGAAGCACGAGCAGUGCAGCCGCCUGAAGCUGAGCGACAUGCUGGUGAAGCCCCACCAGCGCCUCACCAAGUACCCGCUGCUCCUUAAGUCCGUGCUGAAAAAGACUGACGACCAUGUCAUGCCACCUAAUGCCACACCCUGCCACGCUACCCCAUGCCACCCCAUGCCAUGCCUGGCACUGAUGCCGGGGGCUCCCGGCAGCUGCUGA